AUGGGCUGGGGCGGGCCGGUGGAUCUGGGAUGCGGCUACAGGCGGGAGCGGAGGAGCCUUUCAACGCUGGCUGCAUGGCACCGUGGUGGUGCUGGAGACCGGCUAGGCGGCGCCGGGCUGGAUCCUCACCGUCCGGCCCGUGUUUUUGGUGGUGGUGGGACGGUUGCCAGCGCCUUCCUUCCUGCUGACAGCGUUUUGGCUCACCUCUCCUCGGUGGUGUGGUCAAGUCGGCUCCUUGUUGUGUUUCAUCGGCGUUGGGGUCGACGGCAUGGCCGGGGCGAAAUCCCUGCGUGAAGCGGACGACGGCGACGCCUGCGGGCGCCGUCACCUCCUUGGAGGCGUCGUCAUCGUGCUACCCGUGCUUCCCCGCCCC